AUGGCCUCCGAAAAGAUCGCUUCUGUGAAGACAAGGACGGAUAAAGUCGUACUAAAUCGCAAAUUCGCACCAUGUUUGACGCUAUUUACGGCCAUCAUCGCUUUCUCUUUAUCACUUGUAGUACUCCUAGCAGCUGGUGACAACAACCUUCGAAGGUACGAUUUACUCACUCUCAACACAUCAACCCUCUUCCAAAAUGCCAUAAAAGUCUCAAACACAGGCUCAACAACCCGCCGCUCUCUCCCCCUCCUCGAAAAUGACAGUAUUCCACUUCCUCAAAUGACUGGCCGAGCUAUAGUACCAACACCAAUUCAAGCUCGCCAACUCCCAUCACCAUCAGAUAUCGAAUCGUUCUUCAGCUCUAUCGGGGCAGGCUUCACGUCAGCUCUCAAUCCAGCUACACCAUCUGCAACAGGCACGGCCAGUUCUGGAGCCACAAGUACAAGUGGAGGUGGAAGUCAACUUCUGCAAGACCUCGAGAGUCUAUUUCAGAACCUAUUGGGUACUGCAACGGGAACUGCAGGACAGGAAAUCGUCAACGUCGUAAAUGGUCUUGUUUCUGAGGUGCUGGAUGCCCUUGGUAUUCAAGAUUGGUAUAGUCUGUAUAUGAGAGAGUUCUGUAGUGGGAGCUAUACACCGAACUACAAUUCAGCCAAUGCAAAAAAGCAUACAACUAAGUGUACCCCAUUCGACCAAGCCAUCCCCUCCAUCCCCACCACAAACUCCACCCUCCAACUCGGCACCACCAUAAUCGACUUCUCCGCUCUCAACCUCCCCGCCAAACUCUCCUCUGCAAAAAGCUCCAUAACUUCCAUCUUCACCGCCAUCUUCGCAAUCCAAGUAACCGGUAUAGUCGCCUGCGGACUCCUCAUCGUCCUCACACCCCUCCACAUCUUCCUGUCUUUCUUCCAACGCUUUAUUUUCCGCCUUCUCAUCGCAGCACUCGCUGCCAUCGCCACGAUCUGUUUCGGCUUCAUAGCUGGCAUUGAGACGGGAAUUAUGGUUAUUAUUGAUGUGCUUGUUGAUGGGCUUGGUGAGGGAUUGGGCAUCGAGGCACAGAGCGGUGGAGCGUUCCUCGCAUUGUUGUGGGUGAGAUCUGUGUUUAUGAGUGUGAGUACGUUGGUUUGGUUUGGAAAGUGGCAUGGGGAUCGGUAUGUGAGGAGGGUGAAGACGGAUUAUGUUGUGGAGAGGCAGGUGGUGAAGGAGGCGAAAUCGACGGAUCGCUUGAGAGGGGCGAGGGGAGAGGGGGAGGAGGGAUCGAGUGGGAGUGAGGUUGGGAGGGAAAUAUGA